AGGAGGUGUUAGGGUUUGUGCAGGCAAUCGGCAAUACGAGAGUUCGAUUGGGCUAACCGCUUGCUCUCCCGGUAAGCAAACUCGGAUUUCAUAGCAAUCGAAAUAUUUGAAGAUCAGAAACCGAAGGAAUUAGAGUUCCAGUUCUCAAUCAAAUCUGAUCAAUUGAUAUAUCCAGUCAAGGUUAUGCAUUUUGAAAUGGAGAUGACACUCAAGGAAGACAACCCAGAUUCUCCAAUGUCUGGAAUCUAUGAGAUACCUGGUGAACCUGCAUUGGUUAUCAAUGGGGUGCCUCCUGUAUGUACCAGUGUCAAUGGUAGUCUUGUUCCCUACAAAGUUUGUUGUGACAUAGAUUCAAAAACAAAUGAGUCUUUGGGUGACUGGUUAGAAGGUAGAAAAGUUCAAAAGCUAUUUGGGGAGAAGUUCUUUAAUGGGGAAGUUACCAAAUUUGACAAAGAAUCGAAUUGGUAUAGAGUGGUUUAUGAUGAUGGGGAUUUUGAAGAUCUUGAAUGGCAUGAGUUGCAGGAAGUUUUACUACCUCUUGACAUCACAAUCCCAUUGAAGACAUUAGCAUCAAAAGUCAACAAGAGGAGGCAAAAACAUGAUAAAAAAUCUGGUAGAUCUGUGAGUAAGCCCAAAAUCCACCAACAUAAAGGUUUGGAAUCCGAGGUUGAGAAAAUGGAGGUCUAGAUAGCAAGUAGAUUAGUGGUUGCUUAGUUAUGAAGCUCCUUGGGAUUUCUUCUGCAAGGAGUUCAAGGUAUUCGAUAUGAUUAGUCCUCAUUUAGCCCUUUCUCAGCCAAUUUACCUGUCUUCAUUUUGUGGGUCUUUUAUCUAGGUUGUAAAUAUAUAAUAAUAAUAAAAAAGUCAAGGCAGAGCUAGAAUUUGAAAUGCAAUGACAUGUAGAGGUUUGUCCCUUUGUGUGAAUAAAAGAUUAUGUAUCUUGCUGGGA